GGUUGAAGCAAUGGCGAGAAAGAAGGCGUAGCCGCGUACGUGUUCUUAAUCCAAUGAAAAUUACCCUAUAAGUUUUCCCACUCCAUUGCUCUCAAGCCUAAUAACUAUUCCCAAUUUCUGCUUUCAGAAAAUCAAUAUCAGAUUUUCAACAAUACAAUAAUAAUGGCGGCGCGGACAAUAUUAUUCUUCGCCGUCCUAACUCUCUUGAUUGUUUCUUCUGUCGGAUUUUCUGAAGAACUUGACGGGUUUUUCAAAGGAAUGGAUGAGGCUACAAAAAUUCCACAGUGUAUGCAGAAGAUUCUUCCAUGUCAACCGUUCUUCAAAUUGCCGGAAAUUCCGUCGUCGAUAUGUUGUUUGCCGUUGAAGGAGAUGCUGGUCGGCGAUCUUCAGUGUUUUUGCUCCUUCUUCAACGAUUCGGAAAUGUUGAAGGUUUUGAAUGCUACCCAGAGCCAAGUGUUGAAUCUUCCCAAGGCUUGCGGUGCCGACGAUGCUGAUAUUUCUGCAUGUGACAAUGACGCCCAGCCACCGACCGGUUCAACGGAUGCGCCUCCGUCGCCACCCGCUAAAACUGCCGAUGGUUCUAAAGCUAACAGCUCAAGAAGGAAUUAUAACAAUCCAAGCAACAUCAUUGGUUAUGGCUUUGCAGCUGCUUCAUCAUUUGUGGCUUUGCUGCUUUCACCAUUAUUAUAAGCACUUUCCUUUUGAUUUCAAUCCAAAUCCUCAUUUUUCCCUUCCUUUGAAGCAAACUAACCAAAUACUUUUUGUAAGCAAGUCCGAGUUUUUUUAUGUAAGAGAAGUUUUCACGUUGAUAUAUCUGAUUCAUUUUUUGGUUUCUAUUGUUCUUUCCUUUGUACACGAUUCAUAAAAUAUAAUAUA